AUGGAUUUCUCUAAUAACAUUGUAAUACUAAUUCUGUUAACACUUGUUUUAGUUGCUGAAGCAGCAGCUCAUGAAUGGAGAACAAUACCAUCGGAAGAAGAGAAGAAAGAAAUGGAGAGGCAACUCAAAGAUAUCAACAAACCUGCCCUCAAGAGUUUCAAGACUGAAAAAGGUGAAAUAUUCGAUUGUAUCGACAUUCAAAAGCAACUAGCAUUUGAUCAUCCUCUUCUGAAAAACCACUCUGUUCAGCUAAAGCCAACAAGUGUACCUAAGUGGAUCUCAAGUAACAAAACUUCACAAAAAAUUGAUCCCUUAAAGCUUCUGCCAAAGGGCAUAAGUUGUCCACAUGGAACUGUAAUUGUUAAAAAGAUUACACUCCAAGAUCUUAUACACUCGCAACGUUUGAAAUCCAUUGGAUUCAACAGCCCUAGACAUCUAAGACAUGUCCUAACAGAGGGGAAUGACAUUGAUUUGACUGGACAUCAUUUUGCAACACUCGAGUAUGAUUAUAGCAGAGUUGCUGGAGUUACAGGAAACCUUAACCUCUGGGAUCCACAAGUGUCACAUGACCAAGUUAGUCUUGCAACCAUGGCGAUUGGACAAGGUCCCAUUGAACAUCUCGCCAGCAUUUCAGUUGGGUGGAUGGUGAAUCCAUUGUUGUACCAAGAUCAUAUUCACUUAUACACCUACUGGACUGCAGAUGGAUAUAAUAAGACAGGCUGCUACGACAUACUAUGUCCUGGAUUUGUGCAAGUCAGCAAGAGGAUACCACUUGGUGUCCUUCUUCAUCCGGUUUCAGUUUAUAAUGGUACACAAUAUGAAAUGGACUUAAGCUUGCAUCAGGACCGUGUCACGGGAGAUUGGUGGCUUAUAUUUGGAGGUGUGAACGUUGGAUAUUGGCCAAAGUCAUUGUUCAUAGGCUCAGGCUUAGUUAAAGGAGCAUAUCUUGGAUCUUGGGGAGGUCAAGUGUACAGUCCAACGACAGAAAAGAGUCCAGGUAUGGGGAGUGGGCAUUUUCCUAAAGAAGGUUUUGGAAAAGCUGCCUUUGUGAACAAUAUCCAAAUCUUAGAUGGUAAGGGAAAAGCUUUAAUUCCACAAAUCUACACUGUAGAGGCACAUGAGAGCAAUCCAAAUUGUUAUAAAUCCAAGUUUAUUCAUGAUGAUGAUGAACCUUGGAUAAGAGCUGUUUACUAUGGAGGUCCGGGAGGAUGCAUAGGGAAAUUAUCUAUGAACUGAGGAUGCUAUUAUGAGAAAUUCUAUAAAAUUGAAAUAUAUAUAUAUAUAUAUAUAUAUAUAUCCAAGCAUUAAUUAUGCUUUUAUCAAUCAAGUAUCAGU